AUGGAAGGGGGAAACUCAUAAGCUUGUGGCUUGCGGCCUUAUCCCUCGUGCCUUCCGGAAGGCCCGGACGGUUUACGAUGGCUUCGCCGCCGUCUCUUCUCUGCAGCAGAUCCCUGUACCUCCAUAUCUCCAAGCAGAGCCUGCACCCAGUUACCUCACCAAGAACAUGCCGCCGUCUAGUGGCGGGGGCAGGAGCAGGCCCGCUCGUGCCGCGGCCGCCGGGGACCCGGUGGAGGUGGACGGGGCCGACGGCCAUCUUCGUCUGCCGAUGCUCCUCCGACGCCGAGAAUGGAACGCCCACGCCUCCACAAGAUAUGGAGAAAAGCUUGGAUGAGUGGCCUGUCCUUCGGCGGUGGGAUGUGCCGUGGGAGUGGCCAACCAUUUCCCUCACCAUGGUGGCAUGCGCAGUAAGCUUUCUUCUGACAGGAAUGGUUGAGCAAUCUAUUUUGGAGCAGUUAGGUUUUCAAGUUGGGGAGGCAACUCUAGAUGAGAAAGCAGAAGUACUCUUCUUGGGACAAUUUAGCACGACAGUUGUUGUGCUUGGAGCUAUAUUUGGCAUCACCAAUACCUUUCGACCAUUCUCAGAUGAUAUCUUUCGUUACAAAUUCGAGGAACCAUUUAAGCUGCAAAACGGUUGGCUUUUGUGGGCUGGAGUCGGCAUCCUUGUUGCAAUAAUUUCUAUUGCUUUAGCUGAAGCUGCAAUGACAUUUCUGAAUGGUGAAACACCACAGAGAGAGACUGACUCACUAGUCAUUCUAUUGCCACUGAUUGGCUCAUCAGGUAUCAGCACUGCCUGUCUGCUGGGCAUCACUGGGGUUUUGGCGCCGAUUCUUGAGGAAACUGUCUUUCGAGGAUUUCUAAUGGUGUCCUUGACUACGUGGUUCUCCACACCAUACGCUGUGCUUAUCACUGCAGCAGUGUUUGCAUUCGCUCAUCUUACACCAGGAGAGUUUCCACAGCUUUUUGUACUUGGUGUUGUCUUAGGAUUUUCAUAUGCUCAAACUCGCAAUCUUCUUACUCCUAUCACAAUACAUGCUGUCUGGAACUCCGGAGUAAUAUUGCUGCUAACCUUUCUUCAGCUGCAAGGUUAUGAUAUAAAGGAGCUGUUGCAGGCAUCUUGAAGAUUUCACUUGAGAACUGUGAAUGAUAGCAACAUCAAGAUGCAACCCAGCCCCAGGCGGCAGGGCCCUUCCAUGCUGUAUAAUAAUCGACAACCGUAGCUGGUGUCUUACCUGCUAACAUUAUUCGGAGGGUAAAAAAAUGCUUGUGGUUCUAUCAAUUGGAAUAUUGGAUGGUUGUUUUUUUCCUGAGAACACAUUAUAAUCCGGAUGUUACAUGUUUUGGUGUUACGUUCUGAGCAAUUCUUUCUCAACCGCAGUAACGAUUAGAAGAAGAGACGUGUCAUGGAUUCAGAAGAAUCAGAAUGGAAAUCCUGCUCUCCAUGUCAUCGUGUGCAUGGAUAGAGAUGGAAACGGUAAAGAAUGUCCGUUAUGAUAGCAACUGCUUGUGUGACCUGGAGACUUAAAGAAUGUCCGUUAUGAUAGCAACUGCUUGUGUAUAUUUCAAAAAAAAAAACUGCUUGUGUGAGCCGGAGACUGUAAGUUGUAGCAUUAAUGUUGUUACGUGACUAGGACUACUUCCUUGUAAAUCAGGUAUGUUCAGGGAGACGAAACUAGCUAUAAUCGUGUAGUCCUAGUAAUUCAUCAUUUUUCCCAUUUUCACUUCAUCCAUUAACCACUCUUUGUUGUAAUAUAAUGAAUUAAUGAUCAUUCUUAUCUAUCAUAUGUAAGGCAAAACAGAGGUUUUGAUUA